AUGUGCAGCGGACUCCGCGACUCGACGGCCCGCGUUGCAUACGGACAGCAGAACCAGGCGGAGGGGGAGGCGUGGUGGUGGUGGUGGUGGUGGUCAAGGGGGGAAGUGGAGCCUUCGCAGUAUCCCCUGUACGGUUACAUUCAUGGGGCCGGUAUUGCAGCGACCGGCCGUGUCCACCUGAAGAGUCUGUGCGCGGGGGACUUUCAGUGCUGGAACGCGCCCGCCGGCUGGGCUGUGGUUCUGGGGGGAGACGGUGGUGGCUCUGAGCAGGGGGGAUUGUGA